AGUUACACUCUCACUUCUCCCUUUCAAACGCAUAUCUAACCCUUGCAUAUGUUUACGUUCUUAUAGUCUCCAAGAGGAAAGUUUUUUCUGAUUAAAAUUCGAAUUGUAUUUAUUUUUAAUUUUGAAAACGUUCUCAAGAAUGAACUUGUUCUCUUUUAUCUUGAUUUUUCACAUUUGAAAUAUACUUGCUGGCAAAAGAAACAGAUUAGAUGUACAGUUUUUAUUCGAGACUAAUGAGAAAACGAAAGGCGUCUGCUAAAAAGGGUGAUUUUUAGAGAUCUUCAUGAUUUAAGAUAUUUGGUAUGAGCAGCUCACAGCCAAAAUCACCCAGUCUGGAGCCACCAGAUGCCCAACACUUGUCUGAACAAAAGCACCAGGUUGAAAACUUCACAUGGAUUCAGUGUGACAGUGUUAAGUGCCAGAAAUGGAGGAAGGUUCUGACCUUGGAUGUGGACGACCUUGAUGACAUGAAGUGGUUCUGUAACAUGAACUCUGACCCAAUGUUUAACAGCUGUGAUGUGGCAGAGGAAGACUAUACAGCUUAUGACAGACUGGCGAAAAAACUGGGCUACAAAUACGUCUUCUCCUGUUUACCUGUCGGGACUCUGGUCUGGGCCAAGACACCUGGAUAUUGUAGGUGGCCGGCUAUCGUGACUGUAGAUCCGGAGUUUGACUAUCAUUAUGAAGUGGACCAUGACGGAUUCCCGUGUAGAUACCACGUGGAGUACUUAGGGAGGCCUCACUGUCACGCCUGGGUACCCUCCAAACACGCCACGCAGUACGGGUAUAAAGGGGACACGCCACGAGUGUACCAGGAAAAUUCUCAUCAUGUCAAGAACUUAUCAAUAAAGAGUAGAAGAAAAAGAAAGAAGAAGCUGGCAUUACAGAAGAAGACCCAGAAACUGGACUGCUACAAAAAAAGUUCUGUGAUGGAGGCCAUCCAGGAGGCAGAUCUAUUGCUUCCCCUAACUUCACAGCAGAGACUGGACACCGCAUGUAAAUUCAAGGGGAGUAACUCUCUGACUGCCCCUACAUCAGGAAAAAGGCUGGAAACUGCAUGUAAAUCCAAAGGGAGUAACUCACUGAUCGCCCCUACAUCAGGGAAAAGAUUGGAAACCACGUGUAAAUUCAAGGGAAGCAACUCUCUGUCUGCCCCUACAUCAGGGAAAAGACAGGAAACUGCAUGUAAAUCCAAGGGGAGUAACUCACUGAUCACCCCCACAUUACAGCCAAGAUUGGACACUGCAUGUAAAUUCAAGGGAAGCAAAUCACUGCCAGCCCCCACAUUAGGGAAGAGACUGGAAACCGCAUGUAAAUUCAAAGGGAACAAGUCCCUACGGGUAGAGGUUCCAAUUCAAGGAAGGAAUAGAUUCAAAAGGAGGAGGAAAAGCAGCACUGAGGAAGAUAGGGGGAUUACAAAUGGAUGCUCGGGGGACAGAACGUGUGACUUGAUGUCAAGGGGAGGUGACUCAAACAAAGAUGCUGGAAGGGAAGAAACUCCCCAGAACAGGUCAUCAAAUGAAGAAAGUGUUUUAAAGUUUGAGGACCUGAAAAUGAGCAGUUCAUUGCUGAACCACAGCACAGAGGAGAGGUUUACCAUUAAUAUACAGCAGUAUAGAAAGAAUGAGAAAGCAUUCAAUCAUGACCUUCAGAGGUUUAUAUUGAGGAAUGGCCUGGAAGUUCAGAGAAUGGUUAUUUGGAACAGCAAGCCUGUGCGUCUAUUUCAACUUUUCCUGGCUGUACACGAGAGAGGAGGUUAUGACAAGGUUUGUGAGAGAAUGCAGUGGUCAUCUGUAUAUAGCGAAGUGACGGAUUCUGUCGCCCGGGGUCAGUGUGGACAUAGGGCAAAACUACUGUACUGGAGGAACAUUUAUCCAUAUGAACUCUACAUAAAGGGUCAAAACUACCAGAGUGUGAUCAGAUGUAUAAAAGCUGGGAGUGGGAUUGCUCCCAUGAAGAAGAAAUCCCAAAAAUCUGAUAAAAUUAAGGACAAGUUUAAAUCGGAGCAGACAGGGAACCAGUUUAAAUCGUCGGACCAGACAGGGGGCAACGUUAUGUCGGACCAGACUGGGAACCAGUUUAAAGAGACAGAUGAUGACACAAGGUGGAGAACAGACGAGGACAAAUGUGACUCCUCAGACGUGUUACCAGAAGAAAGUCCUAUUGAAUUUGACCACAUACUGCAGGAGCUGCACAAUAACUCCAGCAAGAUAUUCCAACUGCAGGAUGAGAUGGAAGGAACACAGACUUCACUGGGGAUACAUAUCAAGUUUUACGAGGAUUCUACACCCCCGAGUCUCUCUGAAGGACUGAUGGAGGCUCACACCGCUGAGGAAUUCUGCUGUGCUCAUUUACCAGUGGAAGAGGCCCGUCGUGUCCCAAGCAUCCAUUUCACCUCAAGUGAAAGCAGCCAAAGUCAAGACGUGCUUCAUGAACUUCAGGCCAUGGAGGAGACGUUUGAUGAUAUCGACAAGGAAAUAACAUCACUUAUCAUCGGCAGUUAUUUAUGAUAUAUACAGCUGUAGGGAUCACUGAGGAGAGACUCCGGUGAUUUAUCAUGAUUUAUCUAUCUCAGUGAUAGACGACAACUGAUUAUGGUGGUACCGAUAUUGAUGUUAAGACAGCUGUAUGUGUUAUUGAUGUAAAGUAUGAAGAUAUUGACGAGGAAAUCAUUGACUGAUAGAGGACAGUUGUAUGUGUUAUUGAUGUAAAGUAUGAUGAUAUUGACGAGGAAAUAAUUGACUGAUAGAGGACAGUUGUAUGUGUUAUUGAUGUAAAGUAUGAAGAUAUUGAUGAGGAAAUCAUUGACUGAUAGCUGUAUGUGUUAUUGAUGUAAAGUAUGAUGAUAUUGACGAGGAAAUAAUUGACUGAUAGCUGUAUGUGUUAUUGAUGUAAAGUAUGAUGAUAUUGAUGAGGAAAUCAUUCACUGAUAGAGGACAGUUGCCCGUGUUACUGAUGUAAAUAGUGAUGAUAUUGACAAGGACAAUUAUUCAUUGAUAGAAGAUAGAAGUAUGUUAUAUUGAUGUAAAUAGUGAUGAUAUUGAUGAGAUCAUAAAACUAUAAAUUAUGUAACACCCUGAUUGUUCAAGGCAUCAUCUGGGGCAAAGGGUGUGGUCUCAAGGUCACUUCAAAGUUGACCUUCAAUUUUGUUUUGUUAAAACUUUGAUAUUUUGCUUAGUAUAAGGACUAGGAUCAUCAAAUUUUGUCAGUUGAUGCAUCUUAGGACCUAAUAUCAUGUUGUCUCAAAAGUAGGUCAUGGUGACCUACUUUUUGAAUUUCGCAGGUAAUUAUUAUUAAAUGGAUUUUGAUGCAUAUCUUGAGCACUUUUGAGCCUAUGAUCAUCAAAAGUUGUCAGUUGAUGAAUCAUGGGACCUUGAACUGCGUCAUGUGAAAAGUAUAUCACCAUGACCUACUUUCUGAAUUUUAUGGCUAAUCAUUUAUGAAUACAUUUUAGGUUGUUAUUUCAGAUACCGAGAGAUUUAGAAUCAUCAAACCUUUUAAGUUGAUGCGUCUAGAGGCCUGGAAAUAUAUUUAUAAAAAAAGUAGGUCACAGUGACCUACUUUUUGAAUUUUGCAAACAUUCAAAUUUCACAUUUUCAAUUUUAGAUGCAUAUUUUGGACAUUAUGAAAGCUAGGAUCAUCAAAACUUUGUCAGUUGAUGCAUCUUGAGUCCUCAUAGUUUGUUGACCAAAAAGUAGGACACUGUGACCUACUUUUGAAAUUUAUCAGCUAUAUUUUAAUAUUUCAGAUACUAUUUGACUUACAAUUAUCAAACUUUGUCAGUUGAUGCAUGUUGAGUCUUCAGAGUGUGUUGACUAAAAAGUAGGUCACUGUGACCUAUUUUUGGAUUUUGAUGGCUAUAUUUGAAUAUUUCAGAUACUAUUUGACUUACAAUCAUCAAACUUUGUCAGUUGAUAGGUCUUAAGUCUUCAGUGUGUUGACCAAGUAGAUCACUGUGACCUGCUUUUGGAAUUUGACGUUUAUAUCUGAAUAUUUCAGAUACUAUUUGACUUCAAUUAUCAAACUUUGUCAGUUGAUGCAUCUUGAGUCUUUGGAGUGUGUCGACCAAAAAGUAGGUCACUGUGGCCUUCUCUUGGAAUUUGACGGCUAUAUUUGAAUGAUAUUUGACUUGUCAGUUGAUGCAUCUUGAGUCUUCAGUGUGUCGACCAAAAGUAGGUCACCGUGACGUACUUUUGGACAGUUAUAUUUAAAUUUUCAGGUACUAUUUGACUUAACAUCAUCAAACUUUGUUAAUUGAUGAAUCUUGGUUAGUGAGAAUUUUUGCCUGUUCUACAAUGUAUCAGAAGAGCGAUUCUUUAAGCCCAUGGACCUCUUGUCUCAUCUAGUGAUGGUGGACAUUGAUUACAUUUCCUCAGCAUGAGUAGAUGAAGAAAUGAGGAGUCUCGCUUACAUGUACCAGAGACAAGCGAAAUAUUUGAAAAUUCGGAAACAGACGAAAUAUCAUCAAGGUUUCAAAGACAAAUGAAACCAUUAAAUAUCCAGAUUCUUCAGAUGAGAUUAGUGAUGACCAAAAACCAGAGGAAGCCAAUGUGGGAUCUGAACAUGGGGAUGGUGACAGCUCUCAUUGAAAUUCCUAGGAGCCCAGCAAGGAAGAUAAUGCUGGUGAAGAAAACGGAGAUGAGAAGAUACUAAGAUACCGAUAGGAGAUGCCUGGACACUAUCACUUUUAUAUGUCACCUGACUCUGGUGACCAAUCAUAAUCGAUAGCGGUCUGUCGUGUAUCAACAUUUGCACAUAAUUGAGUUCUCUAUUUUUCUUCAUUUUUGAUAUGUUUCUACACUGGUAACUGUGUUUACCUGUUCAGGAUACAGGGCUCACGGCAGGUGUGACCGAUCGACAGGGGAUGCUUACUUCUCAUAGGCACCUGAUCCUACCUCUGGUAUAUCCAGGGGUCCGUGUUUGCCCAACUCCCUAUUUUGUAUUCCUUAUAGGAGUUAUGAGAGAGAUAACUGUUCGUUAUCUUCACCUUUCUCAAUGGAAAUAUUUCGGUCUUGUUAAUGAUCGUUUGAUUGUAUAAUUGUGUUCUUGGCACACUGAUUUUGACUGCGGAUAACUCCGUUUACCUGAUCAGGAUAUAGGGCUCACGGCGGGUGUGACCGGUCAACAGGGGAUGCUUACUCCUCCUAGGCACCUGAUCCCGCCUCUGGUGUGUCCAGGGGUCCGUGUUUGCCCAACUAUCUAUUUUGUAUUGUUUAUAGGAGUUAUGAGAUUGAUCACUGUUCAUUACAAUAGUUGGGCAAACACGGACCCCUGGACACGCCACAGGUUACCAUCCCUCGGUCUGUGAUUAUUGACCUCCGUGACACUGGAUAUCAACUUAAUUUUGAGAUCAGUGAUGGUGAAUAUGAUCCCUGGUGUUGGUAUGGGGCCACAAUUGGCUUUCAACUUUAAGCAUUAACUGUAAUCAUGAUAAUUAAGAAACAUGUUAGAAUUUUUGUUCUCGGGAAUCAGGAAGGUACAUAUUGCUGAAUAAACAUGCAAGCAUCCUCAUGCAUCUCAUCAAUUGGUAUUUCAUAUUCAAGGAACUUUAUUUAGACUUUGUUUAUCUGUGUGUUUGUAAAUGUACAUGUCAUUGUAAAUAAUAAAAAAAAAAUUCCAAUUCUA